AUGGCUCACGCUAACGUUUGGAACUCGCGCCCCCGUCAGUUCGGUAAGGGCUCCCGUCAGUGCCGUGUCUGCGCUCACAGUGCUGCUUUGAUCCGCAAGUACAACUUGAACAUCUGCCGUCAGUGCUUCCGUGAAUAUGCCAACGAUAUUGGUUUCCACAAGUACCGUUAA